UGUGAACUGUCACCCCUGAAUCUGUCUGGGAUAAAGGGUAAUGCCAUGCUGUGUCUUGCAAAGGGUGAAUCAGUUUAAUGGCAGAGUCUUUUCUGACUGGUGUGUGAAGGGGGUGAGAUGUCCUGAGCAAAUUUUUCAUUGUGCUCUUGUAUGUUUUCACAAGGUCUCAAUAGCUUGGAAGGGACUGCAUCUCCUAAAACACAGAUGGGAAAUGCAAAGUGAUUUGCUAGAAAUAGCACUGAGAAGGAGAAUUACCUCAUCUGUGCAAAAAGAAGGGGUAGCAUGAGAUACAUCUAUAGAUCUUCUCCCUUCCAUGUGGGAGGGAGGUGGCAUAUAUUUCCUAUACAACAAUAGGAUAUAUGCUGCAUAACAGGUACCAGAUGGGUGUUUAAAUAAUCUUCAGCUGCUGCAUGUCAUGCUGUUAUCUCAUUAUCUGUUACAAGUUAAAUGGGUUCAAGCUGGGCCUGGACAUGGAUGAGAUGUCUAAUAGUGGUGGUGAGGCUGACAUUGAUGGCAAUUUCCUUGAACAGCAGUCUGGAAGCUCCAAGUGGAGCACAGACCCUGCAACACACAGUCCACAGUGCAAUAAUGUUUUGUGCCUGUUGUGUUGAACAUGUUGUUCUUUCAUCUCAACCACCCUCCCGUGCCCUAGGCACAGAACUGGCAUCCUGUCAUGCCUUGAUGUUGCCCUUCUGACCAGCACGGGAAGGGGCAGGGGGGGUUGUCCAGCACUGGGUCAUUUUGAACCAGCUGCCACAAACUGAAAGUACUGAAAAUCUGCAGCAGAGAAGAACUUUGUGUAGGUGUUCAGUGUGCAAUAGGCUUGGCGUGUCUGUGAUUUGGGGUGUUGAUCAGCAGUGAAAGGGGUGUGGUGAAUAGGAGAGGGUGUGAGAAAGGAAAGGACGUUGCAGAGUGCAGGAAGAAGAACGGUAAGAAUUUGGGGAUCCAUGGUACGAGCUGGAGGAUAUAGGGUGUUUGCAGUGGGUACUUUGGGGUGCUAAAGCUGUUGUGGUAGAGGAGGCAAUGGAGAUGGGACAUCACUGUUGUAAGCGAGAGAUAAGGGAUGCAGAGAUGGAGUACUCAAAGCCAAGGGUGAGGCGAGAGAAAAGUCUCAGAUGAGAUUUUUGCCUGGCCUGACCCUGCUUCCGGUGUGCUGGAAUUUCCUGCCACCUGCAGUUUGAUUGGUUUAAAAGGCAGCAUUUUCAGGACUUUGGGCUGGGUCGUUUUAAGCUCUGUGGCAGAGAGCUCAGAGAAUCUGGGAUCUGGCUGGUUAGCAGAGUUCUCAAGGCAGCAUCUCAAGGCAGCAGACCUCCCAGCUGGCUAGUGAGCCAAGGAAAACGUCUCCAGCCAGGGGGCAGGGUGCUAGCAAUCAGGGCUGCAGCCCCAUCUUCAGUUCAUGGAGUGCAAGAGUCUUCCAGCUACUCCUGCCUCUCUCCUGCGGGAUCCUCUCGCAGCCCAAGGUCUCCCCUGGCUUUGGGUGCUGAAGCGACCGAGCAGCACGCUCUCCCAAAAUGAUGGAAAAUAAAGUGUUCCUGUCUUUCACGUUCUACAGCACAAUUUUGAUUUUAAAAAUGUAUGUCGUUGCCAUCAUAACAGGGCAAGUGAGACUCAGAAAGAAGGCAUUUGCAAACCCAGAGGAUGCCUUGCGCAAUGGGGGGUUGCAGUUCUGCCGUGAAGACCCUGACGUGGAGCGGUGCCGCAGGGCCCACCGUAAUGACAUGGAGAACAUUUUUCCCUUUCUCUUCCUUGGAGCCAUCUACUCCCUGCUGGAUCCCAGUCCCACAGUGGCCAGGAUCCAUUUCCUCAUCUUCUGUGUGGGACGGAUCAUCCACACCAUUGCCUACCUCCUGCAGCUGAGGGCACCCACACGCUCCGUGGCCUACAGUGUGGCCCAGCUGCCCUGCUUCUCCAUGGCCCUGCAGAUCCUCCUGGCCACCACCCCGUACUGGUAACAACCAGAGACCAACCACCCAAACCUCCUCAUCCUGACUCUGCUGGACCCCCUGUGAGUGGGAGAGUGAGGGUGGGUGUGUGUGUGUGGGUGUGUGUGUGAGAGAGAGAGAGAUGUCACCAGGGAGGUCACCUGGACCCUGAGGAUGUUCAGUGUGGCCUUGAUGAAAUUCCACUGUCAUCGGAAUUUUGUCAGAGAAAUCACCAGAGGAGGGACAUGCAGGAAGGGGAUGUGGAGCAGGUUUCUCUCCCACCUGCUGAAGAUGAGAGGUGGGAAGCACGUGGACUACGCCUCGAGGAAGUGGUCAUUGAAGGAAAGGUUUUCUGUGUUUGGACUGUGAUGGGGAAGAUGUGCCUUUUCCUCCUGGUCAUGAGUAUCCUAUGAAUCAGGCAGGGAAAGUCAUGAGGGUUCCACAAAGUCUCUUAGCAGAUGUGGUUGGUAGCAGAGAUCAGAAAGCACCCACCCUUCUCCUGUCCAACCAUGUGCAUCUGUGGGAAUGUGAGUCCUUUAGGACUUAGCCUGUGCCUCCAGACAGCAUAACAGGGAAGUCAAAAUCUCAGAGGUGAUGUUGCAAAGCAUUCAGUGUUCCCAGUGCCACCUCAUCUCCUGCCACAGGACACAGCUUCGUGCCAGGAGCCUCACUGCAACCCUGCUAGCUCCUGGCAACUCCCAGCCAGCAGCAGCUGUCCUUUUCCACCACAGCACAAUGCAGAGUGACAUGCCUGGAAAAGCCAGCAGGAAUCCUUUACCCUGGACACAGAGCCUGAACACAUUUGCCGGACACAAAGUUCUGGGGCAUCUGGAAAGUCUAAAAUGCUGGCACAAAACAGAGGUUUGCAGACAGAAUUUUCUCCCAAAGGGCAGUCUAGUCCAUGUGCCACUAAUACCUGAAAAUGCCCCCAGAGCAUCAGACUGAGUUUCUCCCCCUCUGUUUUUAGCCUUUCUCUGGCCACAGAAUGGCUGUUGCUAUUUGGGAAAUGUGUUGUGAUCACCGUAGAGGUGUUUUCUUUCAGCUGUUUCCUGCUGUCCACUGCUGCCACACCAUUCACAACCUGGACCAGCUGGUGUUGGCAGAAAGCUCUGCAAACGAGCAGAGGGGCUUUGAAGGGAGUAUUGCUGCUCUGCAGUGCCACCCAAACGUGUCAUGUUGGAGAGGAGAGGCUGGGACCAGGGUACUGCAUGGUGACAAAGGCCUGUGAGCUCCUCUGCCACACAGCUGUCCCCAGGUGCCAGGGGCUGCUCCUGGCAGCAGCAACAAUUGAGCAUCCCUCUGGAGAAGAAGGCAGGAAGAAACCUCUGCUCUCCAGUGUAUCCUCCCUCCUCUGAGGGCACAGAAUUUGAAUGACAUCAGAGGAGCAAGCCAGAAUGAGUAGGAAAUAAAUUUCCCUUCCACCUGUCCUGUGCACUAAGGCUGUUCCCUUGACUCUGCUCUCCUCAGAGAUGCUCUUGCUGAGACCUCACUGAGCACUGGGGUGAACACCUGAUCAGAAAUGAUGCUCAGCCUUUGUUCAGCUUGGGUAGAAGUUUCUGUACCAGUAACUGUAUCCCAGUGCAGUUGUGGCCUGAGGUUGAGCUGUGUGGCGAAGUUUGGAGUGGAAUUCUUUGCUCUCCCACUGUGAGGAAGGUGGGCAGGAUUGCAGGUUCAGCAGUUCACUCCUGGCCACUUCUCCUUCACACAGAUGUCUGGGUAACACAGACCCCUCUUAACAAGUCUUUUCUGCCUCACAUGGUGCACAAGGUCUUGAACUCCUCUAUGUUUCUCUGCUGCUACACACGCAUCCUGGUGGCAGGAAGUAAAUAUUCCCAAUAAAAACAAAUCAUUGUGCUCUGAUA